CCAAAACAUUGCAGAUUGCGUCAGAGAUCAGAGAAAGUGAUGCUUUUGAAAGAACUGAGUUCAAGGUCACUUGUCCAAGUUGAGGGUGAAAAAUGAGCAAGAAAGGCACACUCACCUCUAGAACAUUAGACAAACUAGGGUUUGGUUCAUUCAGAUUUCGAGGAAACACCCAGCCUGCACAUGCUGAUGAGCUUGACCUUAAAACAGCAGACAACAAUGGCCAGACAUCUGUGAACACAAUCACUGGUGGAGAAUUAGAUAUACCAGUGGAGUUAGUGAGUCGAUACUCAACAGAGAAUUUAGAUUCGCUAGUCAAUAAACAUCACAAAAAGACUCUUAGGGAGAAAAUAUGGGGCUCAAGACCUGAAGAACCUGCAGUAAAUCCAUCAAAGUCAGUGUUUUAUGUUGAUGAAGCUCCAGUCAUGGUUACCACAGCAACAGAAGAAGACACCAAUGAAACAACAACAGCUGUGCAAGAGAAAAAGAAGAAGCAACAACCAGAGGGGACACUGGAAUACACGGUACAAGACCGGGACACUUUAGAGAAGAUAGCUGCUCACUAUGACACCACUCCAUCAGAGCUGAAGAAACUGAAUAAGCUUAUAUCUGCCAUGAUAUUUGCUGGACAGGUAAUUUACAUCCCUGAUAAAAAUUAUGUUCCAAGAAAGUCCACAUCGUCAGUUUCGUCUGAAGAUUCAAGUUCCCAGCAUCAGGUGGAUUCAGUGUUUGGGAGUCCACAAGAUAAGCCUAAAAUGGAUGUGCCCCUGGUCAGAUCGGGUAACAAUUCGCCGUCGAAAGUCCCGGGACAUGUUGAACGACAGACCUCUACAUCUCCAACAGCAUUUGACUUUGAAGUUGUCACUCCGCAUAAACUCUCAGAGGAUGAGGUACAACAGUUAGACCAGGACUGUAUGGAGAGGUUUAUAAAACUCAAGGUCAAACAUAUAACAGACGGACAGAUUUAUAAGACACAUCCAAAGAAGGGAGUUGUAAAGGGAACGCUGCUGGUGACCCCAAAUGCUGUAAUGUUUGACCCAGAUGUCUCAGAUCCACUAGUUCUAGAACACGGUGCCGAGAAGUAUGGCAUGAUAGCGCCGAUGGAAAUGAUAAUCAGUGCAGCCAUGUACCAUGACAUAGCCGCCAUGAAAUUACGAGGAAAGAGACAGGAAGAUGGAUCAAGUUAUCCUAAACCAGAGGUAUAUCAUGACAAAGCUUGUCCAAUGGCAAAAGAGAUACUCUUGUCUUCACAAAAGACAGACCAAUCCAAACACAGUUCCUUAUCCCUCUCAGAAAACCUGAAAAAUAUUCUUAGAAACCCUCUCAAUAAGUCAGAAAGUGUCUGCUCUUGUGGAAAAGGUGUUACUAAUGACAGAUUAGAGUCAGUUUCUGGUGACGAAGCUGACUCUACUAAACUAAAUGAAGAAAUGAAUAAAGGGAGACAAGAUGAAGUGCAUGCUAAUGAUGAUUCUAAAGUAAAUGAUGAUAGAAUUAGUGAUAAAACAAAUGACAGUGUGUUCAGUGAAGGUAAUGGUGAUACAGACACUGUAGGUAAUGGAGGUGAUGAAGCAGGUAGUGGAAAUGGAACAAGAGUGAAAUCUAGUCCAAGACUUGAUGGUAGAGGUCAGAAAAAGUUAUCUGUGUCUUUUUCUCUACCGGAAACUGACACAGUGUCUCCAGGUAAGGAGAAGAUUUCUCCAGGGCUGGAAACUUUGCUGGAUUUAGAAGAUACUGAUAAAACAAAGGCUGAUGAAGUAAAAGAAACUGUUAAUACUGGAGAUGAACAUACAGAUAAUAAAGCACAGGAAAAUAGUAAAACUCAGUCGGAAAAUGAAAAUGGAGAUAAAGAAACAAGAAUAGGAAAUAUUGUUUAUCUCCCUGUUGAAGAGGAUGCAAAUGGGGAGGUAACUGUGCAGUCAGUGGAGAAAACUGCAAAUACACUGUCAAAACUAAGUGUGGAUGAAUUUUCCCAAAUUUCUAAGUCAGAUACUGAUCUUGUUGAUAGUAGUUUGAAUGUUGAGAACAAAGAGGUUGAAAAAACAAGAUCAGCUUCAACCAGUUCUUUGGGGCCUUUCAGCCCAACUCCUCAUCUGAGUGCUUUUGUAAACUAUGCAACUGGCUUCUUCCAGAGACAUGCUUCAGACAGUAGUAUCAAAGACAUAAAGGAUGUGCUUAUUGAUUCAUUAUCAGACUUAAAAAUGCCAGAGUCCAAAAUCGACUCUAAAGAACCUAAAAAUGAAACACACUAUGAUGUUCCAACUGUGUCUGCAGCUCCAACAGGAAAAAGACGUGGUAAAAUGAGUCGUCAUGGAGACCAGGCGCCAUCUAGUAAUGUGGCAGUAGAAAGUGCCGUUACAAUGGAUGAAAAACCAGACUUACUGACAAUGGAUUAUGACAAGUUUGCCCCACGUAAAUCUCAGUCGUAUCCAGACCCACCUCUAUACUUGUGCCUCCGCCUCGGCACCCCACAGAACAAGAAUGUCUUCCAUAACUACACCAUAGAGUCAUAUGGCAAGAGAAGGAAGAGGUCCGAAUACUGGUUCUCAAUUCCAAGAGAAAAAGUUGAUCACCUUUAUGCAUUUUUUGUGCAAUGGACACCAGAAAUUUAUGGGGAUGAGGAGGAGAUAACACCGGAGAAACGAGGGUUUGUUGUCAUAGAGGACGACGACAGUGAGGACUUGGAGAUGUUAGAUGAACAUUUUGGGCCUAAUUCAGCCUUCCAGAAAGACUGGGAGGUAUGA